AUGGAAUCAAAUUAUCAUUCAGCGACAAAGAUGUUUUGGCAAACAAUUCGACGAUUACGCAAAGGUGGAUUAAAACAAACGCGAUCGGUGAAAAAUAUAAAUGGUGAACUCUUAACACGCGAAGAAGAUGUCCUCCAUCGCUGGAAAGAAUAUUUUGCAGAAUUAUACAAUCCGUCCAAUAACUAUGGCAACAAUAUAAAUCACCAAAUAUCGGGUGAUUCAAAUGCCAUUACAAUGGGUGAAGUCUCAUCUGCAAUUAAAUCACUAAAAUCUGGUAAAGCGGCUGGAAUCGAUGAAAUUAGACCAGAGAUGCUGAAAGCACUUAACAAUGGUGGAAUACGCUGGCUAACUCGUAUUUGUGCUGUAGUAUGGAAAACUGGUGAAGCUCCGGCUGAUUGGCAAACUGGUAUUGUUAUUCCAAUCUUCAAAAAAGCACAUUAUUCAGCUUCUCCUUCAUCACCAUCGAAACCAGCUGAAAUCAAUAUUAAUCAAGGAUGA